CCCCUCCCCCCUCCCGCCCCAACGAGCAGCCACUGAUGAUAAGUCAGUACACCGAGUACAAAGCCUUGUUACGAGCGUCAAGUCCGCACGCAGCCGCCCUACUGGCUCUAGCUUUCUGCGAGGAGGCUGGCGAGCAGAUCCGAGUCUUUCGCGCUUCUGGUCUCGAUGAAACUGGCCUGAAGGAAGAAAGAAGUUAAACACAGGAUGAAAAUGGGGUCGACUUUGUUGGCUUCCAUUCUCUUGCUCCUGUCCUUGUCCCGAACAGCCGCCCCCUGUUCCCUGUUGGAAGUGGAGUGUGACGGCCAGUGCAGGGCUGCGUGUGACAGUCAUAUCGAGUGCUCGGACGGGAGUGACGAGUCGCCGCUGUUGUGCAAAGAGAGAAAUUGCCCGAUCGCCGAAUCGAUAGCAGUGCUGAGUCCCUUCGGCAUUGAUAGGAGCGAUCUGGGCGACGACAGCCGGCCCUUCCGCUGCGCCUACGGGGGCUGCAUUUCGCCUCAGUUCUUGUGCAACGGCCACAUGGACUGCUGGGACGGCUCUGACGAGACGGAGGAGCUCUGCCUGCCCCGCACUUGCCCGAAGCGCACGUUCAGGUGCAAGUACGGCGGGUGCCUCAAGCGCCUCCAGACGUGCGACGGAAAGGCACAGUGCUUCGACGGCUCCGACGAAGACCCCGCCCUGUGCAAGAAGAAGCGCUGCUACUCGAGGCAUUUCCAGUGCGCCUACGGGGCCUGCAUCAGGAAGGAAGAAAAGUGCGACGGGAAUUCGGACUGCUUCGACAGCUCGGACGAGACCCCGGAGCUCUGCGGCCCAGACCACACGUUCACGAAAACCGAAUCACGGAUACGCGUCCCACCGGCCCUAGCGUCCUUUUUGAACCCACACCAACCAACAACAGCUAUUACACAGCCACCCCCACCACCACCAACUACCACACAGCCACCCCCACACACCAACUACCACACAGCCACCCCCACCACCACCAACUACCACCACAGCCACCCCCACCACCAACCACCACACAGCCACCCCCACCAACACAACACCACACAGCCAACAACAACACCGACUACCACACCCCCACCACCACCAACGACCCCGCAAUCACCCUCGCCGUCGCCAACCAGCACAGAGUCAGACUUCGAAGCUCCAUUUCCUUCUACCAAAGGCUUUCCAGGCGAGGAUGUCCACGACUGCGAUGGUGUCCAGUCGUGUCCUUGUCCUCCGCCUCUGCAACAUUUCUGCGUCCCCUGCAACGCUUGGAAUGAAACCUGCGCUCGAAUCGAAGAGGAGGAAGUGUGCCUGAUGCCCUCCCGAGGCACUCUGAGCGGCAUCGAAGUGGAGGUGCUCUCCUGUGGCGCCAACCCCUUCCUAAGUCUGGCUGGGAUGGUGCGCGCUGACAGGGAGUGCGGUACCAGCCAGGGCGUCCCAGUCCUGACGGUGGCGACCGCGGACUGCUGGGGUGCCGUGACCCUGAUAGCAGAGUGCCAUGCUGACGGUCUGUGGUAUCCUUACGGGGAGCCCAAGAGUGCCAAACCUAUGCGGCAUCUGUGCCAACCUCACGCCCUAAAUGCUGAUGUGUGCGGCAAGCGGGCCAGGUACGUGAGGCCCCCCGGCCGCUACGUGCCCUACGAGACCGCCUCCCUCUGGCCCUGGCUGGCGGGGCUCUUCCGCCACGAGAAGUACGCCUGCGCCGCCGCCCUCGUCAGCCCCUUCUACCUCCUCACGGCCGCCCACUGCCUCACCAGGUCGCAGGAGACUUCGCAGGAAACCUUGGAUUUGCGCGACCUGAGAGUUCAGCAUCUCAACGAAAGGGGCAACGUUAUUAAGGGAUACGUCACGGCAGUCCACCUCUACCCGGCGUACGAGGCAGCGCCCAGACCCUCCGCGACCUCGCCUCGUCAGACUGGAGAAGCCGGUGCUGUUCUCCCGAAAGCUGGUUCCCGCGUGCGUCCUAACGGGGUCUUUCCCGAGGCACGACGUGGCCGCGAGUUCUUAAGCUCAUAUCAAUGCACUGUGAUGAUGUCGUCAACCUUUAAGUACACCUUCAACCGCACGGUCGCUCGCUACAGAUGGGAGAUGAUCCUCCAGCAGCAUGAUCCGCGAUGCCACUCGCCCCACGACCGCUGUGCCACGGCGCUCACGGUCGACAGAGACCAGUUCUGUGGCAUUGACAGAGAAUACCAGAGGUACCUGCCGCAGGGUUCCUCCGGCGGCCCCUACCUCGUGAAUCUGGGCACCGACGCAGACGAGAAGUGGACGGUGGUUGGCGUCGUGUCCUCCUCCUACGGCGAGGCCUCCUGCAGCCGACCGUACACCAUCUUCACUGCCGUAGGGAAUUACUGGCCGUGGAUCGAGCGAUGUGUCUAUCUCGGAAAUUGUUCCCAGCCUUUGGAGGAUGAUGGGGAAUGAGAGGAAAUUAUUCUCAUCUGAAAAUGACUAAGAAUGUUUGUGGGGUACUAUUGCUCAACGCUCUUUAAAAGCCUGAAAUGCAAACUUGUUCAGUAACAAUUUCGAAACAUUACUAUGGAAAUGAUUGCAGAUGUAUUCGAAGAUUCGUUUGGACGUUGGCACCCGGAAGCACGUUUCGAGACUCUGGUGUGGAUACUAGAAAAUCUAGAAAAUACGUGUAUCAUGCUUCAGACAUGUUAACAACAGUGUUUCUGGCAAAGUUUUACAUUCACUGUGUACAAGGCCCACGGUUUCGUCCACACACGAUCAAGCGGUACCAUCAGACACAAAUGAGAAGACGCACCAUUGGCUUGUGUCAGUGGGCAAAGCAGCACAGUGCCUGAGAGAAGCCAUUGCACCAGACAGUGAAUAUUUAUGCAACGAAGUUCAUAUAGACCCUAAGAAGCGUUUUAGUCAGCUACUUGAUUUAUUUAAUUGUUAAAUGUCAUGCCUGUUCCGCCAUCAACCAAAAUUCACUCGUCUAGACUCGAGAUCUUUAUUGUACUCCGUACUCCUUCGUCUGGAACCUCCUCGCGCUCCUGUCCCUUUCAGCACUGUCCGAUCGUGUGAGCGGGUCUUAAAACGAACAAGAACAAAGUCCAACCGAUGCAUAUAUGUACAUACAUACA